CCCAACCUAAUUCAUAUGUAAAAAAACAUGAAAUUACUAUAGUAAAAUACUAAAAUAAAUAGUGUUAUAUUUUAGGCAAUAAAUAAUAAUAUUGAAAUUUGUAACUUCAUCAUAAUUUGAGCAGAUCCAGUUUUUUAAUUAAGCUAUCAAUUUUCAGCUCAAGAGCCAUGGCCAGACAAUGUGAAGCUAUUUCAACCUUACGAGGUGGAACAAAUACUUUUACCUGAUAACGCAAGUUGUUUAGCAGUUCAGGCCUUCUUAAAGGUUGAUUAAUAAUAAUAUUUAGUCCUUCUUGGAAGAAAAGGAAUCAAUUUGUUGAUAAUAUUCAUAAAUAUUAGACAUAACAAAUUGCUCGGAUCCUAAACUCGCAGCUACUAAGAUGUGAUUAAUGCUUCAGCUGAUGUUUAGAAUUUCUUCUUAUUUGAAUAUGCUUAUCGCUUUUUUCUUUAUUUGCAUAAAACAUAUCAUAAUGCAAUAAUCUAAAUAUAAUAUUUUUUAGAUCUGCAAUCUACCCUUUGAAGUGGAAAUGCGUUGGAAUGCAGAGUUCAUGUCGCCGUCCGGUCGGGUGCCGUUUAUUAAGUGUGGCGCUUUUGUAGUUUCGGAGUUGGAACCGAUCGUACAGUUUGCUGCGAAUAAAGGUGUCACAUUAUGUAGCCGAUUAAGCACUGAAGAGAAAGCUGAAAUGAGGGCUUAUAUGAGUCUUAUAACUAAUGUUUUGGUGAAUGCUGAGCUCUACAUAUCCUGGUUAGAUGAAGAGACAUUCAAUGCGGUGACAAAAGUACGCAAUUCGUCAGUGUACCCAUGGCCGCUUGGCUGGCUGCAAACUAGAGCUAAAAGAAAUGCUGUCGCAAAGAGGCUGAAAGCGUUGAAUUGGCAUGAUAAGACACUAGACCAAGUGUUAGCUGAUGUGGAGCAAUGCUGUAAUUCACUGAGCCAACGCUUGGGGGACAGGGAUUACUUCUUUGGGACACCGACGGAACUGGACGCCCUGGUAUUUGGUCACGUGUUCACAAUUAUAACGACCAGACUGCCGUGUCGUAAGCUAGCGGAGACGGUGAAACAGAAUAAGUCUUUAGUCGCAUUAGCUCAGCGAGUCGACGAGCAAUACUUCAAGAGACCAUAGCGGGAGGUCUUCAAGGACAUCUCUACAGUUUUUAGGAGUCCUUGAAAUAACCCAUAACUGUGUAGUAUAGAAAGUAUUAGGGUCUGUGCAAAUCUGAGGAAAGAUUCGUCGAGCAUUAAUUUACAGUCCUGACGUUCCGCGGAAUGUUGCCAACCAUAAAGUUUGACUCACGAAAGAAAGUCAACGGCAUAACUUAUUCCUUAGUAAUUAAAGUGAAAACAUUGUGAUCCGAGGGACUUCUUUUGUGAGACGAGCUCUACUUUAAAAAAGAGUAUUGUGCUCUAUAUCACGUAGGCUUACUAUAACACAUAUACUUUUUACACAAUGUUUAUUAUACGAUGUUUUAGUGCCAGUCACGCAUAUAUGAUGGA